GUGUUACAGGUGUUAACGGCGUUAAAGGUGUUAAAGGUGUUAUAGACGUUAUAGGUGUUAAAGGUGUUAUAGGCGUUAGAGGUGUUGUAGACGUUAAAGGCGUUAAAGGUGUUAACGGCGUUAAAGGUGUUAUAGGCGUUAUAGGUGUUAAAGGUGUUAUGGGCGUUAAAGGCGUUGAAGACGUUAUAGGUGUUAAAGGUGUUAAAAGCGUUAAAGGUGUUAAAGACGUUAUAGGUGUUAAAGGUGUUAUAGGCGUUAUAGGCGUUAUAGGUGUUAAAGGCGUUAAAGGUGUUAUAGGCGUUAUAGGUGUUAAAGGCGUUAAAGGUGUUAUAGGCGUUAUAGGUGUUAAAGGCGUUAAAGGUGUUAAAGGUGUUAAAAGGUGUUAAAGGCGUUAAAGGUGUUAUAGGCGUUAUAGGUGUUAAAGGUGUUAUAGGCGUUAGAGGUGUUGUAGACGUUAAAGGCGUUAAAGGUGUUAACGGCGUUAAAGGUGUUAUAGGCGUUAUAGGUGUUAAAGGUGUUAUGGGCGUUAAAGGCGUUGAAGACGUUAUAGGUGUUAAAGGUGUUAAAAGCGUUAAAGGUGUUAAAGACGUUAUAGGUGUUAAAGGUGUUAUAGGCGUUAUAGGCGUUAUAGGUGUUAAAGGCGUUAAAGGUGUUAUAGGCGUUAUAGGUGUUAAAGGCGUUAAAGGUGUUAUAGGCGUUAUAGGUGUUAAAGGCGUUAAAGGUGUUAAAGGUGUUAAAAGGUGUUAAAGGCGUUAAAGGUGUUAUAGGCGUUAUAGGUGUUAAAGGUGUUAUAGGCGUUAGAGGUGUUGUAGACGUUAAAGGCGUUAAAGGUGUUAACGGCGUUAAAGGUGUUAUAGGCGUUAUAGGUGUUAAAGGUGUUAUGGGCGUUAAAGGCGUUGAAGACGUUAUAGGUGUUAAAGGUGUUAAAAGCGUUAAAGGUGUUAAAGACGUUAUAGGUGUUAAAGGUGUUAUAGGCGUUAUAGGCGUUAUAGGUGUUAAAGGCGUUAAAGGUGUUAUAGGCGUUAUAGGUGUUAAAGGCGUUAAAGGUGUUAUAGGCGUUAUAGGUGUUAAAGGCGUUAAAGGUGUUAAAGGUGUUAAAAGGUGUUAAAGGCGUUAAAGGUGUUAUAGGCGUUACAGACGUUAUAGGUGUUAAAGGCGUUAAAGGCGUUAAAGGUGUUAAAGGUGUUAUAGGCGUUAUAGGCGUUAUAGGUGUUAAAGGCGUUAAAGGUGUUAUAGGCGUUAUAGCGUUAUAGGUGUUAUAGGUGUUAUAGGCGUUAUAGGCGUUAUAGGUGUUAAAGACGUUAAAGGUGUUAUAGGCGUUAUAGGUGUUAUAGGUGUUAUAGACGUUAUAGGUGUUAUAGGUGUUAAAGGCGUUAAAGGUGUUAUAGGCGUUAUAGGCGUUAAAGGUGUUAAAGGCGUUAUAGGUGUUAUAGGUGUUAAAAGGUGUUAAAGGCGUUAAAGGCGUUAUAGGUGUUAAAGGUGUUAUAGGCGUUAUAGGCGUUAAAGGCGUUAUAGGUGUUAAAGGUGUUAUAGACGUUAUAGGUGUUAAAGGCGUUAUAGGUGUUAUAGGUGUUAAAGGCGUUAAAGGUGUUAAAGGUGUUAAAGGUGUUAAAGGCGUUAUAGGUGUUAUAGGCGUUAAAGGUGUUAAAGGUGUUAUAGGCGUUAAAGGUGUUAUAGGCGUUAAAGGUGUUAAAGGCGUUAAAGGCGUUAAAGGUGUUAAAGGCGUAAUAGGCGUUAAGGGUGUUAAAGGCUAAAGGUGUUAAAGCCGUUAAAGGUGUUAAAGCCGUUAAAGGUGUUAAAGGCGUUAAAGGUGUUAUAGAUGAUAAGGGCGUUAAAGGUGUUAUAGACGUUAAAGGCGUUAAAGGUGUUAAAGGCGUUAAGGGCGUCAAAGGUAUUAUAGACGUUGAAGGCGUUAAGAGCGUUAAAAGUGAAGUAAAAGUGAAGUAAAAGUGUCAUAGGCGUUAAAUGCGUUGAAGGUGUUAUAGGCGUUAAAGGCUUUGAAGGUGUUAAAGGCGUUAAAGGUGUUAAAGGCGUUAUAGGUGUUAUAGGCGUUAAAGGUGUG